AUGACGGCCGGCAGCCAAAGCCUGAAAUCAAACUGCUGGGAGACGACUCAACUGCGGCCGAAGACGGGGAAUUGGGCGAGAGUGUUGGAGGAAAUCGUGAGGAUAGAGAAAAGGGCGUUUCCCAAGCACGAGUCGCUCGCUAAUUCGUUCCAAGAAGAAGUUAAGAAGAGCAACAGCGGCUUGAUUUACUCACAGAUCGGGGACGAGGUUGCCGGCUACGUCAUGUAUUCUUGGCCCUCAUCACUCUGCGCUUCUAUCACAAAGCUCGCAGUGAAAGAAAACUUCAGGCGGCAGGGACUUGGUGAAGUAUUGCUUCAGACAGCUAUACAGAAAUGUAAGUCACGAAAUAUCCACAGAAUAUCACUUCAUGUUGAUCCCUCGAGGACUGCAGCUUUGAGUCUCUACAAGAAACUUGGCUUCCAGGUGGAUUGUUUAGUAGAAUGCUACUAUUCUUCUGAUAGAAAUGCGUAUAGAAUGUACCUGGAUUUCAAUGCUGAUUAG